UCAACCAUGUCCAUUCCCCUGCCCUUGUAUCUCGGCUUCUCCCACCCCAGCGCAAUCCACGUCUUCCUCACUGUCCCUGUCCUCCUUCAGCUCGUUGCUAUGGGGGAACCACCCCACGGCCACGGGCGAGACGGGGCAAGCUCCACCUCCAAUCUCUUCACCCAAAUUAUUACCGAAGCGAACACGUCGUGUUCCACUUCCUCAAAAGUUCUAUUUGAUCUGGGACCAGACCAAUUCCAAUUUGGCAUGAUGCCCUACCCCUGCGGCGGGGGCGGUGUUCGUGUUCCGUAUGAACCGAGGACACGAAAAUUGUUGCCCGGUACUACACAUGGCCAGGUUGUGACUGGGAGAGCGGCGAAGGAACUGCAGCACGCUGCAACCCGCGGCCACGGGAAGCUCGCAUCGCCGUCAUCGUCCUGGCUGAAGCUAGCAGCCAUCGCAGCUUCAGCUUUGGCAGGCUUGAUCUGCGCCAUAACAGGGCUCGUGCUCUGCUGUAUCCGUAGCAAGAGGACGCGGCAGAGCACAUCGGCUAUCAUAACCGAACCUGAACCUCAUCGAGGACCGGGGCCUAGGGAGUUCCGCUAUGCCGAGCUUGCCGCCGCGACUUGCAACUUUGCAGAGGAGAACAAGAUCGGGAGAGGGGGCUUUGGUCCGGUCUACAAAGGCUACCUGAGAGAACAGGACCGUCAUGUGGCCAUCAAGACACUCUAUGUCUCAGUCUCAGAGGAGCAGCCCUCGCAGGGUUUCAAGGAGUUCCAGGCGGAGAUAACCGUCCUGAGCCAGCUCAGGCACCACAACAUUGUCCAGCUCGUCGGCUGGUGGUGCGGUCGCCGGAGACGGCGGAGAGGACGGCAGCUAGCGCUCGUCUACGAGCUCAUGCCCGGCGGCAGCCUCGACACGCACCUCUACAACCCUGACAAGCACUUAACUUGGCCAGAGAGGUACGAGAUCGCGCUGGGACUGGGCUCCGCCUUGCGGUACCUCCACACGGAGUGCGACCGGUGCAUCGUGCACGGGGACAUAAAGCCCGCGAACGUGAUGCUCGACGCGUCGGGCAACGCUAAGCUCGGUGACUUCGGGCUGGCGAGGCUCAUCGACCAUGGCGCCGAGCCACGGACGACACAAGCCGUGGCAGGCACCGUCGGGUACAUAGACCCGGAGCUCGUCAACUGCCAGAGGCCGGGCACGGCGUCCGACGUGUACAGCUUCGGUGUCGUGCUUCUAGAGAUCGCCUGUGGCAGGCGGCCAACCUCGGGGUUGCUGCUGGCGUAGGCUCGUGAAAUGUACCGCCAGAGCCGGGUCCUCGACGCGGCGGACCAGAGGCUGGGCGGCGAGUUUGACAGGCCGCAGAUGGAGCGUCUGCUCGUGACGGGGCUCUGGUGCGCGCACCACGACCCGAUGCAGCGGCCGUCCGUUACCGAGGCUAUAGACGUCCUGCGAUUGCAAGACGCAGAGUUGCCGAUGCUCGGUGGAACGAUUGGUGGUUCCGGGGACAUCCUCUCCUUGGAGAGACGGGUUUACGACGGUGACGACGCGUUAUCUGGAAACUCAAACUCUGGUUAUGUGCAUGCAUGCAUUCAAACCGAGUAUCUUACUGUCGAGUAUUCAACUUUUCUCUUUCCAUAAGAAUAGCAAAUGUAUCGGUGCAUGCACCCACGACUCUUUGUAUCUGUAAAAUUCAGUCAUCGAAUGAUUUUUAAUCUACCAAACAGGAGCUCCUAACAGCUGAUUUUCAUGUGACCUCCCAUAACUCGAGAGAAGCAAACCAACCGGACGAUUUGUA